AUGGAGCUCCUCUCGCGAGCGCUGCUGAUCUUGCUCGCGAUGCUCCUCUUGCUGCUCGCGCUGGAGUGGAAUCUCGACUGGAAGCAUCUCGGAUCGGCGCCGGGUGGCCACUACUGCAUCGAGGAGAAGCUCGCGGCGGCGGGACGCGAUUCUUCCUGGGAUUUCGGGCUGCUCGGCGUGCCGCACUGCAAGGAUUUCAUCCCCCUCUACGAGUCGCGGCCGAUCAAACAGUACCAGAGGGGAGCCUUGGGGCUGGAUCAUUCCUUCGGCCUCUGGUUCUUAGCGCGGCGGCUCCAGCCGGAGAUUAUCAUCGAGAGCGGCGGGCACCGGGGCCACUCGACGUGGAUCCUACGCCGGGCCGUGCCAGAUGCACGGAUCAUCGCGCUGGGCACGGAGCAUCCAUCAUACGUCCACGCCAACACGAUCUACGUAACGAGAGACAACGAUUUCGGGAGCCUCGAUUGGGACAAUCUUCUCAAUCCAAGCAUCCGCAAGGCCAAGAUCCUGCUCGUCUUCGAUGAUCACCAGAACCAAUUCAAGAGAGUGCUCCAAGCGAGGAACGCCGGCUUCCAGCACCUCAUCUUUGCGAAUAACUCCGACACUGGCUCCGGGGAGGCGUACUCUCUCCGACAAGUCUGCGACCAGCAAAGCACAGGUGGUGGCCACAAUUGCUCGAUCGACAGCCGCGAGGCCGCAGCGAGAUCCCAGCGCAAGAAAUCCUGGGACCGUGCCAUCGAGAUCUCGGAGAUUUGCAGCAGUAAAGGAGAGUGGUGGGGUGUCCGGGGCCAGAUGCGCGACAAACCCGAUCGCGCCAGCGUCUACAUCACUCACCGGGAUCAUGUCCGCAACCACGGGAUCUUCGACUCCAUGCUACAGACCUACUGGGAGCUCCCGCCAGUGGCCAGCCCCGGAUUGAGCAAGCAGCGCUCAUACGAUCCCGCGAGAACUCCGCCGCCACUCCUGGGUGACGAGGACAGCGUAGUGUUCGACGCCAUGGGCCUCUCCCAGCUCGAGCCAUGGCAGUUUGGCGAUUACUCCCAGCUGGUCUACGUCCGCCUCGAUGGAUGA